GACCUCUCCGUUCGCUUUAUUACGGUCCUCGGGCAGCUGCCUCUCUUUCGCCUGCGGGUUGUUGCUGCUGCUUCUCUCAGGGCUGUCGCUUCCCUGCGAGGCACCUUCUCCACGAUGGCCGAGGAGGAUCCUUUCUGCCGCUACCGCUCCCCUCUCGUCUCGCGCUACGCCAGCCCCGACAUGGCUUUUAACUUCAGCGAGAGGAAGAAGUUCAGCACCUGGCGGCGCCUCUGGCUUUACUUGGCCAAGGCUGAGAAGUCACUGGGUCUACCUAUUACAGAUGAGCAAAUACAGGAAAUGGAAGCAAAACUAGACAGCAUAGAUUUCAAGAUGGCAGCUGAGGAGGAGAAGCGGUUACGUCAUGAUGUAAUGGCCCAUGUGCAUACAUUUGCCCACUGUUGUCCAAAGGCUGCAGGAAUAAUUCACCUUGGAGCAACUUCCUGCUACGUGGGAGAUAAUACGGACUUGAUAGUUCUCCGGGAUGGAUUCAACCUGCUUCUUCCCAAGCUUGCCAGGGUGAUCAGCCGUCUUGCAGACUUUGCUGAGAAGUAUGCUGACUUGCCCACCUUGGGCUUCACUCACUACCAGCCUGCCCAGCUGACUACUGUGGGUAAACGCUGUUGUCUGUGGAUCCAAGAUCUCUGCAUGGACCUCCACAAUCUUGAGCGGGCACGAAAUGAGCUGAGAUUUCGUGGUGUGAAAGGCACCACUGGUACACAGGCCAGCUUCUUGCAGCUCUUUGAAGGAGAUCAUGAGAAAGUGGAGGAACUGGACAGGCUGGUGACUGCAAUGGCGGGAUUUAAGCGCGCUUAUAUCGUCACAGGGCAGACGUACAGUCGCAAAGUGGAUAUUGAAGUUCUUUCUGUUCUGGCCAGUCUAGGGGCAUCUGUACAUAAGAUAUGUACUGAUAUUCGCCUUCUGGCCAACCUCAAAGAAUUAGAGGAACCUUUUGAGAAAGACCAAAUUGGUUCAAGCGCUAUGGCUUAUAAACGGAAUCCCAUGCGUUCAGAGCGAUGUUGCAGUUUAGCUCGUCAUCUUAUGAUUCUGAUCCAGGACCCCCUUCAGACAGCAUCUGUGCAGUGGUUUGAGCGCACUUUAGAUGAUAGUGCAAACAGGCGCGUGUGUUUACCUGAAGCCUUCCUCACUGCUGACAUAAUACUUAGCACCCUACAAAAUAUCUCUGAAGGUCUUGUGGUAUAUCCCAAGGUUAUUGCAAGACGUAUUCAGCAAGAGUUGCCUUUCAUGUGUACAGAAAAUAUUAUCAUGGCUAUGGUGAAAGCUGGGGGCAAUCGCCAGGAUUGUCAUGAGAAGAUAAGGGUUCUGUCACAGCAGGCAGCUGCUGUUGUGAAGCAAGAAGGGGGUGAUAAUGACCUCAUUGAACGUAUUCGUGCGGAUCCUUAUUUCAGCCCUAUUCAUGGAGAACUGGAAUCUCUUUUGGAGCCCAAAUCCUUUACUGGACGUGCUUCCCAGCAGGUAGCAAGAUUCCUAAAAGAAGAGGUCCACCCCAUGCUUACCCCUUAUAAGAGCAAGAUGGAUGUGACAAUGGAGCUGUCUCUUUGAAUUAGUAUUCAGUUAGUAUUUCAUUAGGGUAUUUGUGGGGAAGAUAAUAAAAUAUAUUUCAAAACAGACAUGAUGUGUGAAGUGGGUCUGUGGGAGGUCUGGGAAAGGACAUGUAACACUUCUGGGAGGAUAUGCAGUUGAAUUAAAGCUAAAACUUGUAAUUGUCAAGGGGUGGAGUGGGGAGUUGGAAUUUGCAAAAGCAAUUGUUGGUUGAAGUGGGAGAUCUGUAGGAUAAGGUGUAGUGUUUCUUGGUGUACAGUGUCUUCAGCUUCCUGGCUGUAAAAUGAGAAUGGCUUACAUACAAAGAUAUGAAACUAUGAUAAGAUAUGAAGAUAUGGUUAGACUGAGCUGCUCUGAAAUUAUAGAGGUUGGUGCAACUUCAAAGAGUUCAUGCACACAAACAAAUAUUAGACUCUUGUUAUAAAUCACUCAUUUCAUGUUACAUUGUUCCUAAGGCAGGAGUUUUAGGAAUUGUUUAAGCACGGGGUUGGAAUCCAAAAGCAAGGGGGCAUUUUACUCCUAGGGUUGCAUUGUUUAGUAGAAGAGAAAUGAAUGCCUCUUCUCUCUCAUAUAGGAAUUCUCUCAGGAAUUCCUGCUAAGAUGUGCUGUAUGGUUCCCAUCUCUCAAAACAAGAAAUAAUUCAUUUACCCCUAAGAACUGUUAUUAAUAUAGGAUUUUAUACAGAUUUAAUCAAGUGAUCGGUUAAAAGUCACAUAAUUAUGUAUUUUAUUGAAUUCGUUUUAUAAGGGCCUGCAAGGGGCGCCAGAGUAGCUGGGAACUGCUGUAGGGAAAGGAAAGUAGAGGAACGGAGGUGCAGAAAAGUAAAUAGUCCGUAACAUUGUUUGUCAGCAAUGUACAAGAGUAACGCGAGAGACUUAUAAGAAGCUUAGAGAAAGAAACUAGAGUCACACUGCACAGCUGGUCUUGUUUAUUUCCCUCUUUCUCCUUUAUUUUACGCUUUGGGAGGAAUAAAAAGACGCCACAUUUUCCUGAGAGUCGCAAUGCGUCUGUAUUCAUUUGAGCUCUGGCAUUGGGUUUGGAAGGAGGUGGGACUGAGGGCUCAGUUUAACCAGAUUUAAGAACAUAAAUCUGUUUGGUUCAGACCAAAGACUUAUUUGGAACAGCAUCAUUCUUCCCUCACUAACUGAGUAGUUGCCCCUGGGAAGCCCACAAGCAGGACAUGAGCACAAUAAUCUUAAUGUUGUGCUCAGUCUUAAUGUUUACUACAGUGGUACCUCGGUUUAUGAACACAAUUGGUUUCGGAAGUCUGUUCAUAAACUGAAGCGUUCAUAAACUGAAGCGAACUUUCCCAUUGAAAGUAAUGGAAAGUGAAUUAAUCCGUUUCAGAUGGGUCCGCGGCGUUCGUAAACCGAAAAUUCAUAAACCGAGGUGUUCAUAAACCGAGGUUCCUCUGUAUAAGUACAGACUUUAGUAGAGAGUAAUUGUUCAGGCCUGUUGUUGUUUAGUCGUUUAGUCGUGUCCGACUCUUCGUGACCCCAUGGACCAUAGCACGCCAGGCACUCCUGUCUUCCACUGCCUCCCGCAGUUUGGUCAAACUCGUGUUCGUAGCUUCGAGAACACUGUCCAACCAUCUUGUCCUCUGUCGUCCCCUUCUCCUAGUGCCCUCAAUCUUUCCCAACAUCAGGGUCUUUUCCAAGGAUUCUUCUCUUCUCAUGAGGUGGCCAAAGUUUUGGAGCCUCAGCUUCACGAUCUGUCCUUCCAGGGAGCACUCAGGCCUAUCACACUGCAAUUAAAAAAAACUUGUGGAUUAAAUUUUUAAAAGAACUAUCUGGAUUGCCUUCAUGAGUUUUGGUAAGACCAAUAGCAAACUGACAAUUGCCAUGAUGAGAUAGUUAAAAGCUUUUGAAGAACUGGUGCCUAAAAAUGUAGGUAUUUAUAGGCAGAAUUAAAUUAUUUUAACAAUUCCAAGAUAGGUUUCAUUCUAAUGCUUUCUGAUACUGUUUAGAAAAGCAUGGCAUUUUAUUUUUGUGGACUAAAUGAUUAUACUCAUAGCUAGCAAUCAAAAUUUAAAAUAGACUGUUUCAGAAUUGAAAUGAGCACAAUAGUCCUCUUUCCUGCUCAAGAGCCCCAGCAAUUGGCAGGCAGACUAGAUUCUAGCGUUGUAAACAGAUCCUCUCAUCAGAUCCCAUCACAUGACACGAGAACUAAAGUUUUGGGAAACACUAGUAUGCAAUCUUGGAUUAUACAGGGCGUGGCUACAUUGCAGGACUGUUGUAAAUCAACAGGUCAACCUCAGCUCCAUCUCCAACUUGCUAUUUUAACAUGCUGCAUAACAGGGUAUGCUAUGCCUCAGUCGCUGAGCUGCCCCAAUUUGCAGCAUGAGGACAGUAGAUCACAUUGCAAGGGAUGUGGAGAGCCACCCUCUCUCAGCAACCCGGUUGCAAUAUAGGGAUUUGUAUUUUCAGCCCAGUCUUUUUUUAAUCAUAAUAAAAAGUUGAACGCUGUUCUUACUAUUUAUUUUGAAACGCCUUUCAUAUGUGUGCAUUUAAAGGCAGUUUACAACCAUGAAGUAAAACAACUAAGAUAGGUUUAAAAACAAUACAAAUAUCAACCUAAAGAAAAAUUAAUCCAGCUGGGAAAGCUUGUCCAAACAAGGGUGUCUUCCGUUGUUUCAAAAAACGAAAAGUAGCAGGCAUGUCUUUUAGGGAUGCUGUCUCAACAAGAUGGGCAGCCGCACUCCAAAGCCCUGCUUUGGGGAGCAAUGGAGCAGGCUUUUAUUUUAGGAAAUUCAGGGAGAAAGCAGUAGCUGCUGCUGUAUUAUUAUUAUAUUAAUUUCGGACAAAAUAAGAUCAGAAUUGGAAAACAAAAUGAACGCCAGUCUUGAUUCUAUCUUUUCUCCCUUUGGGUGGAGGGCACGGGACAGAGCGAGCUACACAGUCACAGUUUAUGCUAAGUCCUGGAUUUUUCCACAGUUCUUUAAGGGAAGGGCAGCCGUCACUUUUACCCCGCUGACGGCCGGGGGGUGGGGGUGGAAUCCACGUCAAAGGUUAAACCAAGUAAUCCCGUUUUUAAAACAAUAACAUCGGCUGCAAUCCUAACCACCUCUUCUCGGAAAUAAGCCCCGCUAAAUCCAAGGAGUUGCCCCCAGGCAAGUGGGGCCAGGCGGGUCAGGAUUGCAGGCGGCAGCAGCAGCCUUCCAUCCCCUUUAAAUACCGAUACUUAGAUUCGAAGAUUCUAGCGACUACAGUUCCCGUAAUGCUCUGCGGCGUCGGCGUCAUGGUGGGGCUUCGGUUGCUGCGCAUGCGUCCUGGGUUCGGUAGGCGCUGACGGGAACUAGAUGCGGGGAAGAAGUGGGGUCGGAAGGCUGAAGCCGUGGACGGAGAUCAACAAAGCAAUCCAUAGGGGGGAAAGACAGUUAAAUAGGAGUUUAUGACCGGCUAUAAAUAGUAGCCUCCAAUGUGGAGAUUCUGAACCACUUCAGUCCCGGCAAUGUCUGCUUUUGCUUGGGAAAAGCAACAAGCAGUGAACCUCUGAGGCCUACUGUGUCAGGGCAGUGACCUUCUGAAGAGUAAAAUAGCCACCAUUGCCCACAUUCCACUGUCACCAUGUCAGUUUCCUUAUGGUGAUUUCUGGACUUUUAAUAGCACAAAACUGGAGACAGAUUGGCUAAUCACAGAAGUGUUAGUGUGACUUUCCUGUCCCUUGUGUUCCAUUGUUGUGUAUGUGUGAGGGACAGAGGAUAUCGGGAGGUCCCUCCCAUCUUGAGCUCCAGCCCAUCCCCGAGCGCUGGGGAAAGCAGGGAGAGUUCCGACUCAAGUGGAGAAGCAGGAAGUGGUGUCCGAGGCUCAGGCAAGGUAGCAGAGCCACUGCCCAAGGUGGGACAGGAAGGGGGGAGCAAGGGGGGAAGGCCGAUCCCACCGACUCCGGAAUUGCGCAAGAAACGUCGUGGGAAGAGGCUGGGUCUCCCCAAGCUUUUAUGCUGGAGGAAAACGCGCCAACCUCCAUUCGGGGGUACUGAAGAAGACUGACAAGAUGUGCCCUUUUCUGUAAAUAGCACUGCCUUUAGCACUGUAAAUACACAGCACCAAUAAUAGGAUAAAAUGCAGAGCUGUGUGGAGUCGUUACUCUGAAGUAGCCCACCCAGGCCACUGUGACAGUAUGUUUGUAUUGUUUUUACAUAUAGGAAGCUGUACCCCUACUGCUGGUGGGCCCUUCUCUGCUCUCACGCCCAGCAUAUGGCCUCAGGAGAUCUUGGCAAAAUAUGCCCAG